CUUCACACCUCGCAUACAACAUCAAACACUCCAAAAGAGAAGGCACACAAUACACACAACAUGGGCGAAUCAAGACAAGAGCUCCUGCAAUGGAUGAACAGCCUCUGCUCCCUCAACCUCACCCGUGUCGAGCAAUGCGGUACCGGUGCGCCAUUCUGCGCAAUCUACGACAGCAUCUUCCUCGAUGUGCCCAUGGCUCGUGUCAAGUUUAACGCAACCGCCGACUAUGCCUACCUGGACAACUUCAAGAUUCUAAGCAACACCUUCCGCAAGCACCACAUCGACCGCCCCAUCCCCGUCGAAAUGCUAGUCAAGUGCAAGAUGCAGGACAACCUGGAGUUCCUGCAGUGGACAAAGCGCUUCUGGGACCAGCACUACCCUGGUGGUGAUUACGACGCUCUGGCCCGUAGAAAAGGUCAACCCGGCGGUCCAGCUCCCGCUCCCUCUGCCCGCACAUCCACGGCCACGAGACGUGCCCCCGCAGUCGCCGCAUCCUCCGCUGGCGCAAGAACACGCACUCCCCUAGGAAGCUCAGGAGGUGGUGCGCAGACCGCCGCUCUGACACAAGAGAACAACGCACUUAAGGAGACUGUUCAGGGUCUGGAGCGUGAGCGCGAUUUCUACUUCAGCAAGCUCCGGGAUAUCGAAUUGCUCGUCCAGGGCGCCAUGGAGGCCGAGCCCGAGCUCGAGAAGGAUGAGGGCGGUCUCUUGAAGCAAAUACAGACUAUUCUCUACUCGACCGAGGAGGGCUUUGAGAUCCCUGCAGAGGUUGACGAUGAAGAGGGCGAGUUGAUCGAGGAGGAGACCUUCUAAGUCAUCUCGCGUCUACCAUGUCAGCUUACCCAAUUCCGACAUUUGCAUGAAUCUCUACCCGUUUCAUGCUGUCAUGCAAUAAUGCCAACAAUUUCGUUGCUCUUUCCCUUCACAUCUUGGGUCAGAAAAAUACGGAUAGCAGGUCUGUGGAUAGAUUGGGCUUUUGUGGCUCCUUGAACGGGAAUCAAGCGAGGAUACAUUCGCCACUUUUCAUCUUCUCCUAUUAAAAAGAUAAAUUCGUCGUCGUCAGUUUAGCAUAGCAAGAGAAGGAGCAUGCAUGUAGCAGAUUGAACGAGAAGAAUGCAGCAUUUUCAUUUCACUUUUUCU